AUGUGUGUUACACUAGGUUAUUUGGUUUCAGAUGAUCCACGUUCCAUCACUGCCACCGUCUAUUCGCGGCACCCGUCACAAGGUCGCGGUCGCGGUCAUAGUGGCUUUUCCUCUGGCAAGGGUGGCGGUGGUUUCCCCUCCAGCGCGGGACGUGGUGGUUCCUCUAAGUUCUGUACGCAUUGCGGUCGUAGUGGCCACACGAUUGAAGUCUGUUAUUCAAAAUACGGGUACCCGCCAGGGCAUCCACGUCACUUUGAUAGUCCACAUCACUCCGCUGCUGUCGCCGCCGCCACUUCUCCUUCAAUCGCCCCUCCAGUUUAUGAUGAGAGGGCAGCCCUAGGUCAUGUUGAAGGGAAACUCCAAAUACGAAAGUCUUGUUUUGCCAGUCUUCCAGUUGAUGUAAUUACCGACAUUUUUGUUAGGCUUCCCAUAAAGUCUGUUCUGAUUUGUAGAUGUGUUUGCAAGCAUUGGAACACAUUAAACAAUCCAUUAUGCUGCAGUGUGUUUGAAGUCCUGGAUCCCAAUGGUAGUAGCAGCAUAAAACUUGAUCCUAAAUUUGAGAUUCCUCUCCCUAGUCCCAAAUCAAUUCAGGGUAGAAGAGUUUAUGUUAAUGUGUUUUCUUGUAAUGGUCUUUUUUACUUGAGUUGUUCAAUGGACAGAGACAUUUCACUUGUUUGCAACCCAAUAACAGGUGAGUUCAUAAGACUUCCAAAACAACCUCCAAUCCUGAAGCACUACGAGCAAAUAUCUCGAGGUUUUGGUUUUCACCCAAAAACAAACCAAUACAAGGUGAUGAGAAUAUAUAUCUCUAAACAUGAUCAUCGUAUGGUUGUUGAAAUGCACACAGUUGGAGCUUCGACAUGGAUAAAUAUUGAGGUAGAUUAUCCCAAAAAUUUGAUACAUGUGUUAUAUCAUUCUGCUUAUUUCAAUGGGGCACUUCAUUGGAUUGGUAUAGAUAUCGAUGGAAAUGUCUCGAUAUGGGCUUUCAAUUUUGACACGGAAAGGUUCCAAUCCUUUCGAUGGAUCAAGGUACAAAAGUCGGGAUAUUUGAAUUCAGGGGUUCUAUUUGCUUGAUAUAUUUUAAUGAGCUACUUGUCACAAUGUGGAUGAUGAAAAUAUAUGGAGAUGGAGAAUCUUGGACUCCCAUUUUCCAAUAUACUAAUUCUUCCAUAACCACAUCUCGGUUACCUAGCUGCAUUGGCUCUCUUGAUCGU